AUGCCACGUAAUGUAUUUGUCGUGCUUGGGCUAUUCUAUAUGGCCUUUGUAGCAGUCAAAGCGAUAGUAGAGCAGCAUAAUGGUGAUGUAGCAAGAAAUGUUGAUGAACACGACAUUGAUAUUGAAUGGGAAAGUGACGACGUUAUCGUUCGCUGUCGCUCAUGCGGUGCCCCAGUCGCCUAUAAGAGUGAUUUUAUUGACCUUCAUGAUACGUCUAAAGCUGUGGAAAGUCGUCACGAGCCUAUACUGGGCGAUAACGUCCAGCUCUAUACUUUUGUGGACCACAAUAGAGAAGAAUUUGAGCUUGCAGGCUUUACAGAAGUGCUAGGACUGGAGCGUAGUGGUUUUUCCAAGAAGGCGACCAUGUUUGACGACUAUAGCUGGCGUGACAUUAGUUGCAGUGAAUGCAAGAAACCUAUUGGACGGGUGUUCUACCACGAAAAGGUGGAAGAGUGCAUUAAUACGCAGUUGAUGGAGUCUAUUACGACCAACCGCGCAUCAGAAAAAUCUCUACCCUCAACAACAAAGGUGGCAUCAAAGGCCGAAAUUGUGAGAAAGGAGCUGGAAGGUCAGUGCCUGACUACUGUUAUUAGCUGGUGGACCUAUGAGGUAUGCUACGGGCAAGAGGUUCGCCAGUAUCAUGAGGAAAGUGACGGGUCCCGUUCCGGGGAAUGGAGUAUGGGUGUGUUUGUGCCAGAAAGACGGAAGACAGAUGCUGAUGCUGAUGCCACAGGUGUCGUUCAGCGCUUUGCUGGUGGGCAACACUGUGAUGAGAACGGCAAGCUGCGAAGUACUAUAGUGGUGUACACGUGUUGCCAGUCCCGUCCAAACGAAGUGAUGAUUGAGAAAGUCGGUGAGCCUAGUUUGUGCAAGUACCUCAUUCGUGUGUGUGUUCCGAGCUUGUGUGACACAGAACCGGAUGAAGAGCACGAUUCUGAUGAGAAUGAAUGGACUAUCGAAUCAUGCAAAGAACAGUUUGAGGCUACCCACGACCAUGCCAAGUUGCCGUCGACAUUUACUACCUUGCGCUGGUCCUCCGUUAUUUUGGAAGAUAGCAGCGAACUUGACUGGUCUCGAUGGAUGCAGUUUGCGAGCCAUGGAUGA